AUGUGUGGGAACAUCAGAAUAGAGCCCUCAGGGGAGGCCUGGUGUGCUGGGGGCGGCCGGAAGGGGCAUCAGAUUGUCCCGAAGAAGCUCAGCCGGACGGAGCUGCUGGGGCACGAAGACCGACAACUGCUGCUCGCCUUGCAGCGCAGGGACGUCAUCUCCAUUUGCAGCUUCUUAGACGACUAUCGUGGAUUCGCCACCACGGAGGAGGUGCUGGACCUGCUGUUCACCGAAUAUGGGUACAUCGUAGCUGCAUGUGGUGACGACGACACGGUCCAGCGUUGGAAACUGGCCAUCUCCUGCAUGCUGGAAAUAUGGCUGGAUUAUUAUGGGGACGACUUUUGUCAGCUCCCCGAAUUUCCCUCCCUUAUGAAAAUUCUGCAAUUCGUAAGACAGCACAUGCCAGGUUCAGACGUGGAACUCCGUGCCCGGCGUAACCUCCAGCAAUUCAGACGCCUCCAUACAGUGGAGCCAGAGGCUGGGGCUUCAGCCCAAGGAAAACACCCUGAAGCAGCUCAGGAGCAAGUCCCAGCUCUGACCGUGGGGACUGCUGCCCCGUCGGGGCCUGCGGGGAUCCAGGCCGUCCCGGCUGCUGGGGCUGAGGGCUCGGCCCGCGCUGAAGCGCCGCUGGGGAGGUGA